CUGUGACGUCAUAUCAUCUGCGGCCCGUCGCCGACUCAGGGCUGGGUUUCCAUUUUCGGAGCGAACGAGUUUCGGGGAGCAACAAUAUGGAGCCGGAGAUGGAGGACAAAACGUUGGAGCUGAUGAACACCACUUUCAUGGACUCCCAGACAGAUGACCUCUCAUCAAAGAAGAUCACAGUGUUCAAGACGAUCACCAACGGUCCGAUGACGGGCUCAAGGAAGCGGCCAUCGGAAGGGAACUAUGAGAAGGAGAAGGACGUGUGCAUCCAGCUGUUUGACCAGUGGUCUGAGGCUGACCAGGUGGAGUUUGUGGAACACCUGAUCUCACGCAUGUGCCACUACCAACACGGCCACAUCAACUCCUACCUCAAACCAAUGCUCCAAAGGGACUUCAUCACUGCACUGCCAGCUCAGGGUCUGGACCACAUAGCGGAGAACAUCCUGUCCUUCCUGGACGCACGCUCGCUGUGCUCGGCAGAGCUGGUGUGUAAGGAGUGGCAGAGGGUCAUCUCAGAGGGAAUGCUGUGGAAGAAACUCAUAGAACGCAUGGUCCGUACAGACCCCCUCUGGAAAGGCCUGUCAGAGAGGCACCAGUGGGAAAAGUACCUGUUCAAGAAUCGAACCACAGAAGUCCCACCAAACUCCUACUACCGUUCCCUGUACCCCAAAAUCAUCCAGGACAUAGAGACAAUUGAGGCCAACUGGAGGUGUGGUCGGCACAAUCUACAGCGGAUCCAGUGUCGCUCAGAGAACAGUAAGGGGGUUUACUGUCUGCAGUAUGACGACGACAAGAUCAUCAGCGGUCUCAGAGACAACUCCAUCAAGAUCUGGGACAAGCAGUCUCUGGAGUGUCUGAAGAUCCUGACGGGUCAUACAGGCUCAGUGUUGUGUCUGCAGUAUGAUGAGAGGGUCAUUGUCACCGGGUCCUCAGACUCCACCGUCAGGGUGUGGGAUGUGAACACUGGGGAGGUGCUGAACACUCUGAUCCACCACAACGAGGCGGUUCUCCACUUGCGGUUCUGUAAUGGUCUGAUGGUGACGUGCUCGAAGGACCGUUCCAUCGCCGUGUGGGACAUGGCCUCGCCUACAGACAUCAGUCUGCGCCGCGUGCUGGUCGGCCACAGAGCAGCGGUCAACGUGGUGGACUUUGACGACAAGUACAUCGUGUCAGCGUCCGGUGACCGUACCAUCAAGGUGUGGAGCACCAGCACGUGCGAGUUUGUACGUACGCUGAAUGGCCAUAAGAGAGGCAUUGCCUGUCUGCAGUACAGAGACAGACUAGUGGUCAGCGGCUCCUCGGACAACACUAUCCGGUUGUGGGAUAUUGAGUGCGGGGCAUGUUUGCGGGUAUUGGAAGGCCAUGAAGAGUUGGUCCGCUGCAUUCGCUUCGACAACAAAAGGAUCGUUAGCGGAGCCUACGAUGGUAAAAUCAAAGUAUGGGACCUACAAGCUGCUCUGGACCCUCGCGCCCCUGCCAGCACCCUCUGUCUGCGCACACUGGUGGAGCACUCUGGGCGUGUAUUCCGGCUACAGUUUGAUGAAUUCCAGAUCAUCAGCAGUUCCCAUGACGACACUAUCCUCAUCUGGGACUUCCUGAACGUGUCGACCAAUGGACAGACUGAGGGCAGGUCGCCCUCUCGCACGUAUACAUACAUCUCCAGAUAGCAGGGCAGGCCUGGUGGAAUGUGAUGUGUGUGUGCGGGGACAGUCCUAAUGGCCAAGUCAAUGUGCCAGGGUCAGAGGUCACUUCCCACUCCAUCAUCCUCUUUGCAUCAUCUCUGUCCUCCUCCUGGUGUUCAUGUGGAGGGGUCGUCCCGCCCUCAUCGGGCCUUCAGUGCUCAAACACAUUGCCCCUUACCACCCCCCCCAACCUAAACGCACACAAACAUACACACAAAGUGGAGUCUACUAGGUCACACUCUAAGGCCCAACUCCCCUUACUCUGGUCACCCAAGACCGAGUAACAGACAUGGACAUGAAGGAAUCUGAACUGAAUGGCUGGAGGAAUGGAGAAAGAGGGCUGGAGACGGCCUGUUAAAGAUGCCCUGGGGAGGAAAGGAAGGAGGCAGGGCCGGGGCUCAACUCUUCGCAUCCAGACUGAGUGACAGAUGCCUCAGGCCCGCCCCUUUGGGCACCAAGGACAUAUCAAUCUUGUUAUUUUCUCAUUUUGUUUGGUAGACUGUACUGCAUGGAUAAGUGAUGGGACAACAGUGUGCUAGUGACCUAUUUAAGUUUUUCUAUAUAUUUUUUUAUUUUUGACCUAAUUAAUUUAGUUUGUUAGUGUACUAAGAAUUUUUUUCUUCUCUCCAAACCCCUCUCAUCCCUAGUUCUCUACCCUGCGUUCGUCUUUUACUUACUCUCCCUCUGUCCUGUUCUGUCCCCCUCUUGCUGCCUGUCUAGGUUCUGAAUGACCCCUUACUGAGCUGAAAUUAGUUGUAAACAGAAUUGUCUUGUCUAAAAUGGUGUUGUAUAUUGAAAAGAUUUUUUAAAAGGAAAAACCCCCAUUAAGAAGAAUAAAGUACUUGAAUGUGAA